UCCAGGGGAAGCCACGUGGGUGGUGGGUUGGAGGCAUGGAGACCGAGCAGAAGCGCUUCGAAUCUGGGGACCUGCCUGCGCUGCGCCGGAUUCUGUGUGAACAGGCUCCGCUGUCCCGUCCUGAUGGCUCCGCUUCUUGGAUGCAGGGGGACACCUCGGUGCUUGCUGGCGUGUACGGGCCCACAGAAGUCAAGGUCAGCAAAGAGAUCUAUGAUAAAGCUACCCUGGAAGUGCUGCUCAGGCCCAAAGUGGGCCUACCAGGUGUCUUCGAAAGAAGCCGAGAACAGAUGAUCAAGAAGACUUGCGAAGCCGUGAUCUUGGGCACGCUGCAUCCCCGCUCUUCUAUUACGGUGGUGCUUCAGGUAGUUACAGAUGCCGGCUCCCUGCUGUCGAGCUGCUUGAAUGCCACCUGCAUGGGCCUGAUGGACGCAGGGCUGCCCAUGAAUUCCUUGUUCUGCGGAGUGACGUGUGCCUUGGAUUCAAACGGCAGCAUCACCCUGGACCCCACGGCGAAGCAGGAAAAGGAAGCCGCAGCUGUGCUGACAUUUGCCCUUGAGAGCACGGAGAAGAAGGUGUUGAUGUCCACCACAAAGGGGUCGUGUUCAGUGGAACAGCUCCAGCAAUGCAUUGCCGCCUCCCAGCGGGCCGCUGACGCCAUCUUUCAGUUCUACCGGGAUUCGUCUUGCAGGAAGUACUCCAAGUGGUGACGCCCCCACCGACAAGCGGAACGGAAAAGGGGGCCGGGCUGUUAGCGAAAAUCGGGUGGCGUCCGUGGGAUCACGUGCACACACACACCCCUUCAGCCUUCUUUUAUGCCUCCUCCUCCAUUCUAAAAGAAGAUUGGGUGAGAGCGAGCGGAGGCUGUGAACUGGGCUUGUGGAGCUGGUUUGGACUGCAGGGUGCCGGCGAAGCCAGCUGUUUAACCUGUCCUUCCCUACCACUGCGCAGGGCCUGCUACCUCUCAGUUUUACAGGAGCAACUGCAUUAGCUUUCCACAGCCUGAUGCCCUCCAGGUGUGUCGGACUACAAUUGGAAUGCUGGGAGUUGUAGUCCAACACACCUGGAGCGGGGGGGCAUCAGGUCGGUUGCAGUAUAUGACUCAAUCAUGGGCAUCAUAGGACGGGAAUGUCAGUUACGUUUUGCCGUGCCCAUUUUUCUCCCCUUCUCCAAUAAAAGUCGGCGUUUCUGCACA